UUUGAUGUUAUUCUUCUACAUAUUUAUAAUAUUCAUAAAUAAAUAAACAAAACGCAAUAAAAUUGCAUAUUUAUAAAUUAUAUAAUUCCAUUCUGUAUGUGUUAAAUAAUAAAAUAUGUGGAUGUUGAGACAAAAACACAAUAUUGACGUUAGAGUUUUGUUAAAAUGCUUUCAAUGGAAACACCACAACAUCAGGCCAUCUAUGCUCCACUGAGCCAGGCGAUGACAGAUUCUGAUUCUGAAGAAGAAAUUCACAAUUCAACCAAACAUUGUCCGUUGCAACAGUUACAGGAACAACAAAAACAAUUUCUACAGCAACAUCAAAAAGAACAACGACUCGAUUUAAAUAUAUUAAAUACGAAUAAUCGACGCAAUCCACCCACAACGCUUAAUUUGCAGCCAAAAUCGUAUCAGCAAAAUCGUCGUAAAUUGCAAAUUGAACGUCAACGACAGUUGGAAAGAAAUUUAUAUCCCAAUUCAAUAAAAGUGGGACAUACUACAGCAGUGGCAAACGGGGUACAUAAAAAGAGCAGUAUUCAAAAUAAUAGCAUGCAAAAUACAUAUCUACGUUCAGUUAUGAUGUCGGAUAUGGGCAGUAAUGCCGAUGCCAAUGGCGGUCCCUGUGAUGCGACCAAUAAUUUCUCAAGUUUCAACAGUGAUUAUGAUGAACGUAAUCAAACGGAUGCUGAUAAUGUGGCCAUAUUGGGUGGCAGUGAAUCAACCAAAGAUCUUCAGUUGAAUGAGCCAAUGUCACCGGCCCGACGUUGCUGUUUCAUUGCAUCACUUUUGUUGUGUGUUCUUACGGUAAUAAUAUUUGUUUGGGUAAUACCGUGCAGCGAGGACGGCUCGUGUCCGGCCCCAGUUGAUCGUAUAAAAACCCAUAAUUGGUAUAAUAAUUACACUAAAAUCGAACUAAAGGGUGGUGUAAAUAUCGUUAGUGGUCUGCGUAGUUGGGAGAAUAAUUUGAUAUUCUUAUAUCGUGGUGAUGCUUUCUUUCCCGAAUUUCGACCGGACAAUUCGAAGCGUAAUGGUAUUAUAUCGCUAAUUGGUAGCUCAGGAGCAGUUGCUUGGUUUGAUGAGAUGACCGAUGAACCGGUAGCCAUAGAUUGUACUUUACUAGAUGUCGAUCGUAAUGGUCGACCUGAUUGUUUAGUCAUUGAUGAAUAUGGCGAAUUGGGUGCCAUAAAUCCUGUAUCAGGUCAAUGGCAUUGGAAAUUUAAGGAAAGAUCUGUACAUAAAGUUGAUGCACUUGAUUUUCCCGUCAUUUUACCCGACUUGGAUAAUGAUGGUGUUAUGGAUAUUUUGUUGGUCACUAGUGUUACGUUGGAGCAAAGAACUAAACAUUAUAUGCGUAAAGGUGAUGUGGCAAAUAAAAAUGGUCACAGCCUUGAGCAAAGAAAUUUUUUGAGAAUAUUAUCGGGUCGUAGUGGUCAACCCAUAGGUGAUGGGUUCAAAGUUAUAGAAUGUGAUACUUUACGCAAAUUGCAAUUGGAAAAUGCCCAGACAGUUUCCUUCAAUUGUAUACAUAACAAUACGGAGGCUCAACGCUCAAAAACAUUGGCUGAACUGUUUUCUCUAAUAACCAACAAGUCGUUAAUGGGUCAAAAACUUGUGCCUGCUUCAAAAAUUUCACAACAUCGCCACUACGGCCAACGCAAAGAUAUAGAUUCUCAACGUAAUAUUUACUCUCUGAGCGGCCGAGAAUUAGUGGUAGAAAAUCGUGGCAAAUGUCCGGAGGAUUGUAAUGUCACACUUAUUCUGAGUGAAAAUCGCAAUGGCAAAGUUUUUACACUGCGUAAUUUUACUAGCAGUGGCAUGUAUGGCAUGGUACCAGCCCAAUGGCAUUUUAAAAAUACCAAGCCCAAUAUGUCGGGUUUUGUUAUGAAAUUUUGGAAAUGGAAUAUAAGCUCAGAAACAACAAAUACUCAAUCGGCAACAAAUACCAAUAGCAAUCCUCGCGGUAAUGAAACAUUUCAAAAGACACAGACGUCCAAAUCAAAAUCGAAAUCAGUAAAAACUCCUAAAGAUAAUGCAACCAAAUCCUCUUUUAAACAGAAUCACGUACAAAGUAAUUCUCGCGCUAAUAGUGAUCAUAAAAAUGAACGACGACGACGACGUGACUUGACCGACAAUCAAACGACCUAUGAAGAAUUUGAUGCAUUCGAUCAUCUUGUCCAGCGUAGAGAAUCAUAUAAUAUAAAAUUGGAAACGAUGCGCUUUAAGCGAAGUACUUCACCCUCAACAAAUGGUACAAAACAAAAGUCGUCUAGUGGUGCAGGUUUGUUAAUGGAUAAUUAUAAUAUGCAACGCAUAACGGAAACGGUAAUAUUGGUUUUAUUUAUUGGUGCCGAUACACGUAUCGAAAAUACCUCGCAAAGUAAUAUUGUACAAUUUUGUCGCAACGAUCGUAAAGAGGUUGUCUGUCAGCCUGAUCUAAAUAAUCAAGAAAAUUCUAUGCUUAUAGCUGAUCUCGAUCAGGAUGGCUCACAAGAGCUAGUCUCCUACACAUCAACCUUUGUUCAAGCGAAUGAUGAUCCGCAAGAUUGGCGUCUAGUGACGUAUGUGCGUUUGUUGCGUUUACAAUCGGAACUACCAGCCUUUUAUGAGGACGUUAAACACAAUUAGAACGAAUGAAUGGUGGGAUGGAUAGAUAUAGGCAAUCAUUUAAAUACUCUUCUUACUCAUACUUCUUAAUAAUGAAUACUUAAAUAUAACAUACACACACAUUUAUAAAUCAAAAAUAUUUUCCUUUUUUUUGUUUUUAGAUCUAAUAUUACGAAAAGUGAAAAAAAUAAAUAAAAUAAAUCAAGUUUAGUAAAGAUAAAGAAUACAUUUACAAUACAAUAAAAAAAAAUUAAGCAAAAUGUCAUUAAAUAAAUAUUCAACACAUAACAAAACAUUAAAUAGAUAAAUAUAGAAUAUUACAUUGUUUAAUUUAUUAAUAAAACUACUUACAUUUUAUA